AUGAGUCAACUUAUUGUAUCAGCAUUGUUUUGCAGUUGUCUUUUCUUCUAUAAGAUAAUUUGGUUUACACCAAUUAAUCUGCAUUGUUGUUUUCAGUAUGAUGCUCGUGAUUUGAUUAUUGGUGCAUUCAGACACUGGGAAAGAGUAGUCUCCUUUGAGGAUGAGUCCUCUCUCAUGGAUUAUGCUUUGCCAUUUUCCACGAGCUCAGCCAUGGUGUGCAAUUCUGAUAGCAGCAAUGACGUUUUGACAUCCCAAAAGGUUAGUAAUCAGAAAUUGAGUGCAUUAACUCCUGAUAACCUGCCAUCCAUCUCUUUAAUAAACAGCUUGGAUGAUUAUAUCUUGCAAGAUAUAGACAACAUGGAUGUUAGCUUUGACCAACCAUUUGAGUACUUUUCCUAGCCACGAUUCCAAUACUGAUUCUUUAAAACUCCAAAUUUCUGUGAGGAUGAGCAUUUGACUUUCUUUGCAACCGACUAUUCCUUUUUCGGUCCAAGAUUUGCAGUGUCGCCUGAUUUACACAGUAUCAUUAACAGUUUUCUUGCUCAAAGGAGAUGGAAAAUGGUAUUUAGUGUGUUCAGGUGGUUUUCAGUUAUGUGGAUUGUAAACAGGAAGACCGUUGUUUCCCACAAUGACAAGUGUGAGUUGUACUGAGGCAACAUCAUCACUCGAAAAUUUCUGCCCGAUGCAUAAUCGUGUGCAGUAGCUGAAUAAGAGUAGACUUUCUUGUUAAUAUGUGUAGGAUUUCAACUUCCUUUUGCUUUAUUCAUGCUUUUCCAGGUGAAAGAAUCAUUACUUCCUUUCUUUUCCAAGAAAAAUAUCAUUGUCGCAAUUCAAAGUUUUCCAA